GGCGGCCAGCUCAGUCGCCAUGUAAGCGCGUCGCUCGGGCGGAUCGUCGGGCCAGCUCACGGCCCCGUGCGCCCGCCAGCCCACCUCGACUGGCAGCUUACGAUGAGCUGCGCUCCGCCGUCGACCGUCGCCACCGUCCGCUCUCGCAAUGCUCUCGACGCGAGUCCAGCUGUGCCAAGGCGGCGACAGGCGGAAUUCGGUUGAUGUUGUCAUUGCCAUGCCGGCCGAUGCUGCCGCCGCUGCAGCCUGCAGUGAGCAAUGUAAGGAGGCCCUGCUGCACGAGCAGCAGCAUCAGCAGUCGAUCGGCAUGGCGAUGUCGUCACAGCACCCGCAGAUCGCGUGGAUGACGCCGACGGGCGGCAGGUCGCGAACCUGCAGCGAGUCGAACGUCGCCGCGCAGAUAGCCAUGGCGAACGCCGCCCUCCUGGCCGGCUGCCCGAGCUGCUCGGGCAGCGCCGCGGCCCUGCACCACGCGCCCCAGCAGCUCAAGGGCAGCCACGAUCUCGCCAUCGAGGACUCGGCCAGCCUGCUGGAGGAGGGCGGCGUCGCCCGGCUGCCCGACCUCGUCGCCGAGAGCAAAAAGAUCUACGACGAGGCGCAGCAACCGCACGAGUCCUACCUGGCUGUCACGCUGCAGGUCUCCAUUCCGUUCCUCAUCGCCGGCCUCGGCAUGGUCGGCGCCGGCCUCGUCCUCGACUUGGUGCAGUACUGGGUCGUGUUCGAGAAGGUGAACGAACUGAUGAUACUGGUACCGGCUCUCCUAGGUUUAAAGGGUAAUUUAGAAAUGACGCUGGCCUCAAGACUGUCCACGCAGGCGAAUCUCGGUCACAUGGACACGCCCAAGCAGCAGUGGUACAUGAUAGUCGGAAACUUAGUUUUAAUACAAUGCCAAGCGAUCGUGGUGGGCUUCCUGGGCUCCGUCGUUGCGAUGGUGAUGGGGGCGAUACGCAACGAGGCCGUCUCGCUGGACCACGCGUACCUGCUGUGCGCGAGCAGCCUGGUCACGGCCUCGCUCGCGUCCUUCGUGCUGGGCCUCAUCACCGCGGGCGUCAUAGUGUUCUCGCGGCACUGUCACAUCAACCCGGACAACGUGGCGACCCCCAUAGCCGCCAGCCUCGGCGACAUCACCUCGCUCGCGUUGCUCGCCUGGAUCUCGACGAUCCUCUACGAGUCCAUCGACAAGCAGGACUGGCUGGCGCCCUUGAUCAUCGCCUCCUACGUGCUCGUCACUCCGCUCUGGGUCUGGAUCGCCAAGAAGAACAAAUACACCAACGACGUGCUCUACACCGGCUGGACUCCGGUCAUCGUGGCCAUGCUCAUAAGCAGCUGCGGCGGAAUGAUCCUGGAGUUCAUGGUGUCGCGCUUCGAGAACCUGACAGUCUUCCAGCCGGUGAUCAACGGCGUGGGCGGCAACCUCGUGGCCGUGCAGGCGAGCAGAAUCUCGACGGCGCUGCACAAGCAAGCCGACCUCGGCACACUCCUCAUACCGCCGGGUCACACCCACCCCGUCAUCUUCAUCACUCCCAUCGCCAACUUCUUUGGCAAAGGUACGCACGCGCGCACCACGCGGGUGCUGAUGGCCAUGGUCAUCCCCGGCCACGUGAUAUUCAUCUACCUGAUCAACUACAUGAAGGAGGGCGAGACGUCGAUGAGCGCGCUCUUCGUCUUCGUCUACCUGUGCGCGGCGAUGCUGCAGGUGGCGGCGUUGCUCUACAUCGCCUACAUCAUGAUCCACUGGAUGUGGAAGCGCAAGAUCGAUCCGGACAACUCGGCCAUACCCUACCUCACGGCCAUGGGCGACCUGCUCGGCAUCAGUCUUCUCGCCAUCGCGUUCCAGUUCCUCUACCUCGUUGGCGAUCAGGAGUUUGACGAUCAACCGAUCAAGCCUUAGCCUGUGUAGACGCGCUCCCUUCGCUCCUGUACAUAAUCUCGCGGCGUAGAUCAGCGAUCCUAUAUUCAUGCCUACUCUUCGCCUCUUCGAGCAAUUCGUUCUUUCGCCCGUUGCGCAUGCUGUGCAGGGCUGGCCCGCGCCCGACGCGCCCUCGCCUCGCACGCUUCUUUUCCUUUAGCCGCGUCCGAUGCCGAACUAUUUUUAUACGUACGUCGUUUUUCGCGCUGCGCCAGUCCGUAACAAUGUAUUCGAGGAGAGAAAGUGUUUCCGAAUCCUUUUCGUUCGUUGCCAUCGUCUAAAGCUCACUGGAAUUGAAAGCUCCAAUACUUAAUUAAUGCUAAUCGCGUAAUAACGUUUUUCUCGAUAAUUUUUUAUAGACCAAGCCCAGGCCUGAGAAUAAUCACUCUGAAGAAGCGCUUUUUGCCCGCUUUACAUCAGUCAAUUUUCUCUUUAGGAUCACAUGCGUAUUAUAUACAGAGCAACAAUGUUGUGGCCUGAGAGAUUAAUAAUUUAGCGUGACAUCUAAUGGUAAUCGAAUAGAACAAAACAAAAUAUUAUUGUGAAAAAAGUAUAGUUAGACGUGAUUAAUUGUUAUUUUAAGACAAGUGAGAAACGGUACAAAUACAACUAAUCAUUCUCGUUAUGUUUUGUAAUUAACUCGAACCUUAUCAAAGAUUUGCCCUUGUCAACAGCUUCAGAUGAUUUGUCUGUAUUAUAAUUACGUUUCUGGCAAGAAAAGAGUAAAUUAGUUUAAUGUCAAUUGAUGUUGACCACGUGAAAAAUUUCAUUGUGAAAGUAGUUAUGUAGUCAUUCAAUUAGUUAUAUCUAGUACAUAGUUUUUAGUUGGAUGUACAGUAACAUAGAUAUGAACUUAGUUAUUAAAAAUAAUUAAAUUGUGACGCUCGUCUUAGUUAUAUCUAUAUUUCAAUUUUCAUUUCGGUUUUACGAGCUCAACCCUAAAAUAAUAAUUAUUACUCAUUUUGCUUGCUAUGGUUCUCGAAAUUCAUUUCUUUUUUUGUAGAAAUAGGUAUGGACCUCUUAUAUACUUAGUUACGCAACAUCUAGCGGCUAAGCGUCUAAGGAAUGCUGUUGGAUUCUUAUUGAGGAGUCCAAUCCAACAGCACGGGACGAAACGUCUUUAAUUUUUGAAAAUAUCAUUUAGAAUCUCACGAACCGCAGCGAGCAAAAUAAGUGACAAUUAUUAUUUUUAGGUUGAGUUCGUAAAACCGAAUUGAAAAUUGAAAUAUAGAAGUUAGUUAUUGUUUUAGAUUAUGAGAUUCGAGCAACUGAUCUUGCAUGUAAAUAUACAGAUUAUCUUAAACAAAGUCGUAUUAAAUCUUAAAAAAAAAAACAAGAAACAAAGUUGUAGUUCGAUCCACGUGUGGAGAAAAAGAAAAAGAAAGAACGUAUAUUAUCUUUAUAUCUAAGUAAAAAAAUGUGUUGAGGAUUAUUAACUAAAAAAUAUUUUUUAUGUUAUUCCCGUGUCAGAAAAGCACAAUUUUUUACUUGGGUGGUAAAGAGGUCUUCUCAAUGUGAUUUUGCAAGACCAUUAUUUAUUUACGAAAAAGCAAAUUGUCGAUGUACUACUGGGAAAAAGCGCGAAAGUGAAUGUGUGGCUGGUUAUCAGUCCAACCUGUUGUUAACGAGCAUAUAUAUAACAAAUCGUAUAGAAACCAGAAUUCUGCAUUGCUACGAGAAGCUUAUCAACGUCACAUCACGAUUCUCGUUUUCUCUCCUAUUUGUACGAUUAAUUGUUAAUAUUUUGUAUGUUUGUAUAUGAAGUGUUAUUCGAUAUUUAGCAUUAGCCACCAAAGUUUGUUAUUUUGCUCUUUAUUAUUACUAUUAUUCUGGUUCAUUUGUUAACCAUUCGUGAUUGUUGAAGAAUGAAAUUAUAAAGAAACCGGAAAGAUCCUUGAGAGUGAUCCCGAAAAGCUUCACAUUUCGUAACAACGAUUCGUUGGUGCGGUUUCCAACCUCCUCAGAUCAAUGAAUCAAACUACAUUACUUUUUAACGUUACAUGAUAGAUCACUAUUUGUCACAUUCAAAAAUUAUGUCAUUAUAUCAUGCAUAGCAAUCACACGAACAUUUAUAUAUUGAAAUCAAAUAGCUUUGCAUUGAAAGUUGUACUUACAACUUAAGAACAACUUUUAAUGCAAAGUUGUGAAUAGUAAAGCUUUUUUAUUUUCAUUAAUUUUUUUUUAGAUCACUCUCAAGAAUCUUUGCUGUUUAUUUAUAAUUUUAUACUUACGAUGGAGAGUAUUAAAACCAAUUGUUGAAAAAUGAUAUUACGAAUUAGCCAAAUUGAAGUUACAAGUUUGUUCAAAUAACUUUUUGUUACAAAGCGUGUAUGUUUGAACUUAUCCCAGACAAUAACUGACGUAUCGUAAUCCUUAUAAAAAAAAUAAAGUUUAAUUAAUGAAUUGUUGAGAGAUUUCACAUAUUUUGUAAUGACUGGACUGAAAUGGUUAUGUGUCGAAUCUCGUGUAUAUUUUUACAGAUAAUAAUAAAAAUCACAAAAUACGUUUCUUCAGACAUCACGUACUAUCAACUUGAUG